CUUCUGGGUCCCUUGGUGGCCACUGCACCUCAGUUCACCCUCGGCUCCCGCGCCGCCAGCAUGACCGACGCACUGUUACCCGCGGCCCCCCAGCCACUGGAGAAAGAGAGCGAUGACUACUUUCGGAAGGGCUGUAAUCCCCUUGCGCAAACUGGCCGGAGCAAGCUGCAGAAUCAAAGAGCAGCCCUGAACCAGCAGAUCCUGAAGGCUGUACGGAUGCGGACGGGAGCUGAGAACCUUCUGAAAGUGGCCACAAAUCAGAAGGUGCGGGAACAGGUCCGCCUGGAGCUGAGCUUUGUCAACUCAGACCUGCAGAUGCUGAAGGAGGAGCUGGAGGGACUCAACAUCUCUGUGGGAGUGUACCAGGGCACCGAGGAGGCCUUUACCAUCCCUCUGAUUCCUCUUGGCCUGAAGGAGACCAAAGAAGUUGACUUUUCAGUCGUCCUCAAGGAUUUUAUCUUGGAACAUUAUAGCGAAGACAGCUAUUUGUACGAAGAUGACAUUGCAGAUCUUAUGGACCUGAGGCAGGCUUGUCGAACACCCAGCAGGGAUGAGGCAGGGGUUGAGCUGCUCAUGUCCUACUUCAUCCAGCUGGGCUUUGUGGAGAGUAGGUUUUUCCCGGCCACCCGCCACAUGGGGCUCUUGUUUACCUGGUAUGACUCCCUCACUGGGGUUCCAGUCAGCCAGCAGAACCUGCUGCUGGAGAAGGCCAGCAUUCUUUUCAACAUCGGGGCACUCUACACCCAGAUUGGGACCCGCUGUAACCGGCAGACACAGGCUGGGCUGGAGAGCGCCGUGGAUGCCUUCCAGAGAGCUGCAGGGGUUUUAAACUACCUGAAAGAGACAUUCACUCAUACUCCAAGUUACGACAUGAGCCCUGCCAUGCUCAGUGUGCUGAUCAAAAUGAUGCUCGCCCAAGCCCAAGAAAGCGUGUUUGAGAAAGUCUGCCUUCCAGGGAUCCAGAAUGAGUUUUUUGUGCUGGUAAAAGUGGCUCAGGAGGCUGCCAAGGUGGCAGAAGCCUACCUGCAGCUGCAUACAGCCAUGAGCCAGGAACCGGUGAAAGAGAACGUGCCAUAUUCGUGGGCCAGUGUGGCCUACGUGAAGGCCCACCACUACAGGGCCCUGGCUCACUACUUUGCCGCCACCCUCCUCAUCGAUCACCAGCUAAAGCCGGGCGCAGAUGAGGACCAGCAGGAGAAGUGCCUGUCCCAGCUCUAUGACCACAUGCCAGAAGGGAUGACGCCGCUCGCCACGCUGAAAAAUGAUGGGCAGCGCAUGCAACUGGGUAAGGGACAUCUGCACCGGGCCAUUGGCUACCAUGAGGAGUCACUGAGGGAAGCCAACCUGUGCAAGAAGCUGCGUGACAUUCAGGUGCUCCGGGAUGUGCUGUCCGCUGCCCAUCAGCGCACUCAGCUCAAGUACACCCAGCACCGUGAGGAUGAUGAUCUUCUGAACUUGAUUGAUGCUCCAGAUGUCCUUUCAAAAACUGAGCGAGAGGUUGAAAUAAUCUCCCCCCAGUUCUCCAAAGUGACAGUCACAGAUUUCUUCCAGAAGCUGGGACCCCUGUCUGUGUUUUCGGCCAACAAGAGAUGGACACCUCCUCGAAGCAUCCACUUCACAGUGGAGGAAGGGGACUUGGGUUUCACCUUGCGAGGGAACUCCCCGGUCCAGGUGCACUUCCUGGAUCCUCAGUGUUCGGCUUCACUGGCAGGGGCCAAAGAAGGAGACUAUAUUGUAUCCAUUCAAGGCAUGGAUUGUAAGUGGCUGACAGUGGGUGAGGUUAUGAAGUUGCUGAGGAGCUUUGGUGGGGACGAAGUGGAGAUGAAGGUCGUGAGCCUCCUGGACUCCACAUCAUCCAUGCAGCAUAAUAAGUGCGCCACUUACUCUGUGGGAAUGCAGAAGACUUACUCCAUGAUCUGUCUGUCCAUGGAUGACGACGAUAAAAAUGGCAAAGCCAAGAAGAUCUCAAAGAAGCUCUCCUUUCUGAGCUGGGGCACCAGUAAGAACAGACAGAAGUCGGCCAGCACACUCUACCUCCCCGAGGUUGGCCUGGCAAGGCCUCACACCAAGAAGAAACUGCCGACACCCUUUAGCCUGCUCAACUCCGACAGCUCUCUGUACUGAAGGGGACGGAACAGUUCACUCCGCGGCCUACAAGGCUGUUAAACACCUGUGCCAUGAUGGAAAGCCCAUCUUCUCAGAUGUACACUUGUGUUUGAUGGGCUUAUGAAAGUGAGAGAAACCUCUAGACGUUGGUGGAAAACCCAGCUGCGCGGGGAUUUUCACACUACCGCGGCAGUUAUUUAUUGUAUAAGGUAGGGCAUAGAAGAGCCUGGAUGAUAUAUGGCUGUGUUUAAUGGCUAUGGUUAAUGACGUUCAGGCACUGUGAGUAAUGAAUUGGGGCCACCUACCUUGGAACAUUUUUGAGUGUGUAGAUUUGGGUAAUAGUGAUUUCUUAACCUCAAAUUCAAAUGACCCUUGAAUGGAGGCAGGUUAGAGGUGUUUACUGCAGCCAGGCUGCUUUGCAGAUCUCUGUGAGUUCAAGGCCAGUCUGGUCUAUAUAGUGAGUUCCAGG